AUGAAGUUCGCCGCUUUCUCCAUCCUCACCCUCGGCCUCACCUCCGGUGCACUGGCCCAGCCCACUCGCGUUGAGCGCGAUCUCCCUACCGUCACUGGGGUUCUGUCUGGAAUAGGCCCCAAGGUCGAGGCCCUCGACUCUGCCGUCCAGGCCUACUCCGGUGGCGACGUCGCCAAGGUCCAGCAGGCCUCUGACAACCUGGUUGACGCCAUCAACGCCGGAACCACCAAGGUCAAGGGCACCUCUGACCUCAGCACCAGCGAUGCCCUCGGUCUCCCCGGCCCCGUCAACGAGCUCAAGGACAAGAUCUCCACCGUCAUCACCCACCUCUCCAGCAAGAAGUCCCAGCUCGUCAAGGCCGGCAAGGGUGGCCAGACCUACAGCGACUUGACCGAGCAGAAGACUGCCGCCAAGAAGCUCUCCGACACCAUCGUCUCCAAGGUCCCCGAUAGCUUGCAGGACCUGGCCGGCAGCAUCGCUUCCGGUAUCUCUGAGGCCAUUCAGAAGGGUGUGAAGGAGUUCCAGGACCAGGAGGGUAAGGGCAGCUCCGGCAGCUCUAGCGGUUCGAGCGGCUCUAGCUCCUUCAGCUCCAGCUCCAGCGAUUCCAGCUCCUCCAAGCAAGAGCAGGCCCCUAAGAAGGAGGCUGCCCCUGCCCCUGCUCCCUCUAGCGACUCUGCUGCUGCUAGCAAGCCUGCUCCUUCUGCUGAGCCCGCUCCUGCUUCCCAGCCCGCCCCUGCUAGCAAGCCCGUUGGUGCUUGCGCCGCUGCCUACUAA